ACAUAAAGUAGCUUUAAUGCUUUAUACACUUAAAGUACCUAUACAAUUAUGUGUAACAGCAUGUGAAGUGGCCUUGAUUUAAACAGUUGACAUUUCUAUAUUUUUAUUUAUCAAAGAAUAUGAAUUCACCGCAUUGCCCCAUUAAAUAAAAGUAUCUGUACAGUUUUUGUUUGCCAUCUGAACAAGUUUACCCAUAAAUAAAUAUGUAUAUUAACUAAUAUCAUUUCCAAUGCAUUAAAAUGAAUAUUCUCCUAUUUUAAAUGGAAAUUCUCUAAUAUUCUCAUUAAUUGAGAAUAUUCUUCAAAAUAUUAUUCUCUAGAAUUUAACAUCACUAUGUUUGCCUGUGUGUUUAUUUGAGAUAUGGACUGAUGCAAUGCUGGAGAAGACAGGGCAAGAACUCAUCCAACUGAACACAAUCAGGAAGCAAGUGCACAGCAGAUUACUGAACUGAACAAUGACAGAAUAUAUAAAAAGUGUGAAAGGGAAAUAUGCAGAUAUAUUUGACUUUGCAAGUCUUUCAUCAGUUCUUAAGAAUUGCAUUUGGAUAUACGGUAAUUUGUAUUCCUGUCACAUCAGUAUAUGGAAAUCUUGUGUUUAUCAAUAAGAGAUAACAAGUGGAGUUCCACAACAAAACAUUUCAACUGAUUGCUGAUGUAUGUGUAUGUCAUCUGAUUGCUUGUAGCUGAGGGUGGGUGAGAGCAUAAAAUACAGUAGUCAGUGAUUUAAUCUGGGUCAUGUACAACGUAUGUUUGAUUUCUUUGAAAGGCAACUGGGUACUUAAUUCGGUCUAGGAGGAGGUCUGAGAGAGCAAUUUAAGUCAUUUAGCUUUUGACAAGCAGUUUAGUUUGGAUUUCCACUUAAAAUCCCCCACACUUCAGAAUGCGUCACAUAUAAUUGUUAUUAACUUAUUCCCUCCUAACACAAACCCAGCUUUCACUGGCAUGCAGAAUCUUUGUGCUCAAUUAGCAGACUACCCACACUAGCGUGGGCUGUACUUGUAGGCUAUCUCACAUGAAACUUGGAUGCACAGUGGCCUGCCUAAGCCCCCAGAGGUCCUCUUAUUUGACUAUGGAUCAUGCCCAAUGCCCCUCCCCAACCACAAGAGAUGGGAAGCUCAGUUGACUGGCUCCCUGCCAACUCAACUUUGACCACAACCAAUUGACCAGGCUAGCCUGUACGUUCAACAAGGGUUGUAUUCGACAAAGCAAUAAGAUGAAUGGUCUAUUAAUACAAAGAUUUUGCCUACUGGCCCAAAUGUUUGAUCCUAUCUGAAGACUGUCUUUUUUUAAAAAAGGAAUUAUUUUUUGAUAGGUUUUUCUAGUCAUAAAUAAAUACAUAUACAUUUUAAAGUCUGGGGGAGGCUGAGCUGCAGCAACUUGCACCCAGUAUCACUUCUGCUGUAUACUCAUUACAACCUGCUGCUCCUCACAUCCCAUAUUCUGCUGGUAGAGGUUGCUCCUGUUUAUGUGCUACAUGAUUCCUUCAAAUCAUGUACCAAGAAAACAAUGUGUACUCCCAGAAUGUUUAGUAAUGUGGCUACAGUGUCUUUCUGUAAAUGCCUACCACACAUCUCUGUUACUCCAUUGUCAGUUUCUCUGGUUUUUUUAUCUGUUGCAUCUCAUGUUCCUAUCACACCUAAUUCUUCUUCCUGAAAUGCUUUCAGCCAAUCAUCUUCAGGCACCUUUCCCUUUCCUUUGCCAUUUUCCUCCAUUUUGUUCUAUCCAUCACUGACCAAGCUCCAUGCACAUUCAAACUAUAACCUACUCUUUCACCAUUCUGCUCUGUCCUUUACCAAGCUCCACCUACAUUCCAAUUGUAAAGCUACUAACUCCUUGCAAGGAACAGAAUAUAUUUCCUCAUCCGCUGCUCAUUCUGCCCCAGAGUGGGGUGCUCUAGAGGACUUUUUCCAAUCAGACAAAGCGUUGACAAUGAUCCUAUGGAGGAGACUCAGUGAGUCCAAUGGUCAGACAUUGCCUCAGGACUUUAGGCAUAGCUCUUACAAUGUGAUCAUCCCAAUGAAACUGACCUCCAGAUGUGGAAAACAAGAAUCCCGAGACAUUACCUUGCUGCUCAGUUUGAGGGAAAGAGCCACGUGCUGAAGCUCAGGCAAAAGAGGGGCCUUGUCCCUAAAAAUGUACCAGUCUUCACUUACACUAAAAAGGGGUCUUUUAACUCCUAAGGUCCCAGGUUUUCCUGGGUGAGAACUUGACCAAGAUCUAAAUACAAAAGGGGGGGAACCUAGGUACUAACCCAUGGGUUAUAUCCGCAUAUCCCACAUCCUCCAGUUUACUCUCAGAAUAUUAGUAAAAUUCCAAAGAAGGUCCCUUCAUCAAAUGGAUGUUUUGCACCUACCCCAAAUCCUGCAUGCCAUACGUGUCUAUUAUUACACUGUCAACAUAUUGAACUAUCUCCCAUUUCUUGGUCCCCUGCUUCUCAACUUCCCAUUGCACUUGCCUCUUCUUCUCAUAACCCUUUAACCCAGCUAUCUCUAUUACACCUUUCCCUUUCCACCAUGUGCUUCCCUAUUCUCCAUUCUAUUAUUUCUCUGAUUCUCCAGGCUCCGCCUACAUUCUAAAGGUAACUGCAGUGACUGUUGCCAGGGUCAGAAUCCUCCCUUUCCUUGUCUAGCUCACAUACAACCACCUUCUCAUCUUCUUUCUGGUCUGCUCUCAGCUGAGUUGUGGGAGGCUUUUGGGGCUGGGAUAGAAAGCUAGAGCAGGGUAUUCUGGAGGUUGCUUUCCACUGUCAGGGAAAAUGACUAGCCACCAUGUGUGGCUGCUAGUGCUGAUUUCAUUCAAUGUUGUGAGUGGGAAUGCAGAUCAGAAACCACCACAGGGUUUUAGAUAUGCCUCUUAUGAGGUGACCAUCCCAAAGAAAUUGACCCAUAGAUAUGGAGAACAAAAUCCCCAUGAUGUCACCUACCUAUUGCAAAUUGAGGGAAAAGAGCAUGUGAUUCAUCUCAAGCAAAAGAGGGGCUUUGUCCCUAAACAUUUCCCUGUCUUCACUUACAGUAAGGAAGGGGACCUCCAGACGGACUAUCCUUUCAUCAGAGAUGACUGCUUCUACCGUGGCUUUGUCCAAGGCAAGCCUUCCUCUUGGGUUACCCUCAGCACUUGUUCAGGGGGCCUCAGGGGUCUGCUGCACUUAGAAAAUUACACCUAUGAAAUUGAGCCUAUUCAGGGAUCUACUACUUCUCAGCACAUGGUAUAUAGGUUGGAAGAAAAGGAGGAUACUAUCCGUAUGAGGUGUGGGCUAACAGAGGAAGAACAACGUCGUCAAGAGGCCAUGAUCCCGGAGAGAGAGCAUUUACCAGCCAAACGUUCUGAAAAUGACUGGUGGACAGACUCCAGGUAUGUAGAAGUUGCAAUUGUGGUGGAACAAAAACUAUAUAUACAGCUUGGGAGAAAUCAAACUUUGACCAGUGCACAUGUUCUAGAGAUAGUCCAUACUGCCAAUGCAUUCUUUAAGCCUCUUGGUGUUGUUUUGUCUGUAGCUGGCUUGGAAAUAUGGUCAGAAAAGAACCUCAUAGCAAUUGCUGAUAAAAUUUCACAAUUACUUGAAACUUUCAAUACUUGGAGAAAAAACACACUAAAUAAACAUUUACCUAAUGAUGCCGGUCACUUAUUUGUACAUAAGCUGUAUGGACAGACAGCUGGAUUAGCAUUCACAGCAACAAUUUGUAGCUCUCACUGGGCAUCUGGUGUUGAAUCUUAUGUGGGUUACAGUGUGUCCUUUUUUGCUGUGCUUUUUGCCCAUGAAUUAGGACAUAAUCUUGGCAUGCAACAUGAUGGAACAUACUGUACUUGUGAACGAAAAUCCUGCAUUAUGGCUGCUUUUCCAGAUGAAGUCGAUCAGUUUAGCAAUUGCAGUUAUAACGAUUAUUAUAAACUAAGGAACUCUAACUGCUUGCUCACUCCACCAACAGCUGGUCAAAAAAAUAAUCUCAAUUAUUGUGGCAACGAAAUAGUGGAAGAUGAAGAGCAAUGCGACUGUGGCUCACCAGCUAAGUGUAAGUCAGAUCCAUGUUGCCAAUCUAAUUGUAGGCUGAGUCCAGGUGCCACUUGUGCUUUUGGACAGUGCUGCACUAAGUGUCAGUAUCUUCCAGCUGGAACUGUUUGCAGAGCAAAAACUAGCAACUGUGAUCUUCCUGAGUACUGCAACGGGUCAUCACAAUUGUGUCCUGAAGAUGUUUAUAUGCAAGAUGGUGCCCCAUGCAAUAGUGCUGUACACUGUUAUCAUGGGAAAUGCGCUACUCACAGUGAGCAGUGCAAAAUGAUAUUUGGCAAGAAAGCAUCAGCUGCUUCAGACAAUUGCUUCAAAGUAAUGAAUGCUCGUGGUGAUCGCUUUGGCAACUGUGGCCUGGGAGUUGGAACUUAUAAGAAAUGUAAUGCUGAGAAUGUCCUGUGUGGGCAAAUCCAGUGCGCUAACGUGCAGACACUUCCUUCUUUGGUGGAACACCGCACCAUAAUUCAAACCUUAAUUGGCAGUACCCAAUGCUGGGGUGCAGAUUACCACUUUGGAAUGGAUAUAAUCGAUACUGCAGCAGUGAGAGAUGGCACCCCUUGUGGGACUGGCAUGUUGUGCAUUAGUAGGGAAUGCAAGAGCAUGUCUCUCUUGAAGUAUGAUUGUAAUGUGUCAAAGUGCCAUAAUCGGGGGAAAUGCAACAACCACAAACAUUGUCAUUGUGAUUAUGGCUGGGCUCCUCCUGACUGUCUCAAUAAAGGCUACGGUGGCAGCAUUGACAGUGGACCAGCUCCCCAAGGCAUGAGUGGUACCGUGAUAGCAAUUAUUGUAGGAACUGCAUUUGUCAUUUUUGCUGCUAUUGGCCUGACUUUGUUUUACAGGACUAUACUGCUAUAUCACUUAAGAAGACUGGUUUCAAGAAUCCAUCCAAUAGAAUCAAUGCAGGAAGUAAGCACACAGUAG